UUUCGUUAUGAGUAGAGCCCAGAAUCAUGAUGAAGACAUCAUAAAGCUAUUGACACCGACUCAAGAACAUUUUUUGAAGAAGUAUAUCCUAGAGAAUCGAUUAUCAGAUGAACUCCACCAAUUGAAUAGACCUGAUUUUUGUGAAUAUCUAGGCUUCCCAUUCAAGUCAGAAAACGGGAAAGAUGCAAAAGAUCAAUUGCCAUUGCUAUCCUUUUUUUUCAACAACUUCUUGACCACCUUUCCUUUCAUUACGAAUAACUCCAAGGAGGACCAACUUGCUUUUUGGCAGGAUACAGUGCAACCUUUCGUGGAGAGCUUUAACCAGAAACACAUAAGUAGCUCAGAGGACAGACAAGAAAAUGUUACCAAGAGAAGACAAGUCAACAAGAAGUUCCUUUCUGGGCUUUUGCUCUUCUAUAAUUCAGUCAUCAUUACCGAGCAAGACUUAACUUACUUGAAAGAGAGCCAUUUGAAAGCUUCAGACACUGGAAAAUUGGACAAGAUAACGGGUAAGAAUGACAAUACUCCAAUUAUCUCAUCUGAUCUUGACGAUUUUCACAAUAUGUCCUUCAGUAAUGAUACUGCCAUUAACAUUGUGGCAGUAAGACAUAUCAAUAAGCCAAACACCACUACUGGAAAUAGUAGUGAUAGUAGCGAAAGCAGCGUUAAUGCUUCGUGGAAUCCAUUCAAACGAUUUGUUUCGGCUCCCGAAAAACCUAGACAUCAUUAUGAAUUCGUCAUCCAAAUUGUUACUCGGACAGAAAUUACCAAUAGAAAGUAUAGUUAUGAAAGGCAUUAUAUUUCCCGACCAUACCAUGAAUUCAAAAACUUUGAGAAGCAACUAAAAAAGGCUUUCCCUGGAAUAAUCAGCACUGAAGGGCUUGUAUUGCCUCACAAAGCAAAGCACGACAAGGGUUUGACUGAAGAACUCAAUAUCAACAGAAGAUCCUUUGAGUCGGAGAAAUCGGAGUUUUCAUUACUGAGUGGUGACUCUGACAGCAAGUUAGCUAGAGAAAAGUUAAGAAUGUCAUUGCGUGGCUAUUUGAUUUCCUUAACUAAGUUUCCAGAGAUUGUCCAUUCACCAGAGUUCAAAAGAUUUAUGGCUGACUCUCAUAAAAGCUUUCAAGAUUUGACCUCCCAGGACUUAGCAGACUAUGCAAUCAGAGUGGAGCACGAGCAGCAUAUCUUAAAAACACAACUUGAGUUCCAACAACAGAUAACUAAAGUGAUUAUGCAACUUACCAAAGAUUUCGAUUCAUUCAAAGAAAAUCUUAUCAAAGAGCCAGGAACAAUCACGGAAAUAUUUAAUGACAUCGGUAAGUCAGGAAAUAUCAAAGAAAUGUCUCCCUUGUUGAGAACAUUCAACGAGUGGUGUAAAUUAGAGGUAGCAGCCACUUUAUACCAGAUAUUUUUGGGACAGGAUAAUUCAAAUGAAUGGUUAAAUAAGUGCAAAAAGUUUCAUUUUAUCUUUCCGUACUCAAUGGUGUAUGGAAUUUUAAGAUUUACCAAUCCAGUGAAAAUAACAUCAAGGAUCAUUGACUUGUUAUUGUUAAACUUUCCUAAGUUCUCUUUCCCGAGUUGGGGUAGCUCUAACGAAGAAGCUGAACUCCAACAAAAGUCUGGUGGUGCUAGAAAUUUGUUAUCUAUGAUAUUCAUCAUGCUUUUAAACGAAGACUUGAGUGGCUUUGAAAAAGAACUUACUAUACUUAAAGACGAGAAGAUAGAUCCUAAGUUCGAUCCUUUUCUUGAAAAAAUCAGGUCAUACGUGGACUCGCCGUAUCAUAUCACGUCUGAAAUUAAGGGUGAAUCUAUUGAAAAUGGCGAGGACUUGUUAAUUACAAUUUUGAAGACAUCUCUCAUUCUGCCCGUAUUUAAUGAUUCUGAAAGUACGAGUUUAUUAUCUCAAGUCAUAGAAUCAUUUAAAGCAUACGACUCAUUGGAGAAGGAGAAAGACUUGGAUAAAUCAGAAUUGUACUUAAAUCUCAAGCAGUACUGGCAAAUCCAAAUUAGAAGCAAGGAUAAAGACUUGUUCAAACAGCUUUGGCAGGAACCAGAGUUGACAAAAUUGAUCAAGAAUUUCUUGACAAUAUUUUAUCAACCAUUGAUGAAAGUGUUUGCUAAAAGUGAUAUGCAUAUUGUUUUCAAAAGUUUUCAAAAGUUUAUGGAUGAUUUAUUGAAGGAAUUGACCCAACUUAGCAAAGAAGAGAUGUACUUUUUGAGUGCAAUUGAAAUUUUUGAUAAAUUAAAAAGUUUGUUGGACAAUCAUGAAGAUGUAAUGUGGAAUUUCAUUCAUAACGUGUACAUUAAAGAUGACCAACAUAUAUUCUUGAAGCUUUUCAAAUGGAUUGAAGAAUUCUUGGUACUAAUUCGACUCAAAUUCGAGGAUGAAUCGAAAGUAAAACUUCACAUGAGCACUCAGGGGUUAGGAAUAGAUAAUGAAUUAUUCAUGAAACAAUUGAAUAGCCGGGCAAAUAAGGUUGUUGAGAAAAGAAGGUUAUUCAAAGAGUACAUGGAAAAGAAAUCCAAAGAAUCCAUGGAAUCCACCCAGGGUAAGCUUGACAAGCAAUGGGAUGAUGUUAACAACGAAAUGUUCGAGGAAGUUGACGUCACACAAUUUGGUGUCGGUAGUGCAGACAUGGACGAUUUCAACUAUUUACAUGUUGAAGAUGAUUUUAACGAAGGUGCUGAUACUUUAGAAAGGGAAUUGAAGCGGAAGUUGUUUAAUUUGGAGCGUGAACUGGAAAACUUUGGUACUAGUGAACUUGACAAAUUAGAUAUAGCACUCAAGCCGGAGCUUAGUACUUUACUAAAGAACAUUCCAACAGGCUUGAAGAAUAAUUGAUUUCCAGUUCGAACACUUUCUAUAAUGUUGAUUCAAUCGGCACAGUUAAGUAUAAUCUAAUAGACAUUGGUAGACAUUUAAAAGAAACUACUCAUAUUUACAUUUCCAUUGAUUAGACUCAUCUUUGCUUGCGAGACAAAGGCGCUACCUCCUACGCCAUACACUUAAAAUCAAGUUGUAAAACGUUAAGCAGAACUGCUAUAUAUGAAUUUAUCUUUUCAUAAAUUACAACAUUCGG